UACUAAGCCCCAUGGUAAAGAGAGAUUCAUUGACUCGAAUAAAUCCUUUUAAGACGACCGAGUUAGCCAAGAUUAACUGACAACAAAUACGAGAUUAAUUCUUCGUCUUCAUCCCGAAUGCUCUGUCUUUUGAAGUACGAAUUACUAAGGCUCUCCACCGGAAACUCGGCCUGACAAGGAAUCCCCGGCCGGCCCUCGAAAGUAUGAUUUUGAUUGGAUCAUGUGCCAUGAGGCUACUCAUCUUCUUUACUUUUCUACUCUUUCUAAUGCCCACCGGAGCUCAAGAACCAGGCCCCAUCAUGAACUUAACCUUCUGUUCCGACCCAGCUAAUUACACCUCCGGCAGCCAAUUCCAGAAAAAUCUUGUCAACCACCUCCUCCCUUCCCUCAUUUCCAACGGCUACCGCAGUGGCUUCUUCAACACAAGCUAUGGCGACAACCCCGACACCGCCUACGGACUUGUUCAGUGCAGAGGCGAUGUUUCCAUGGAUGAUUGCUAUAGCUGCUUGGACACCUCUAGCAUAACACUCCUCAAGAGAUGCCCCAAUAAGAAGGCCGCGGGUGUCCGUUACGAUAACUGCCUCUUACGCUAUUCCAAUCUCAAUUUCUUUUCCCAGAUCAGUACUCAACGUGGAGGUGGUUAUAAUGUCAACAACGCAUCCGAUAUGGAGGUUUUUAAUAGCAAAUUAGACCAACUCUUGACCAGUCUUUCAACUACGGCGCUCACUAAGGCAUCCAAGUUUGCCAUCGGGACGAUCAACACCAACUUGUCCUAUCACAGCACUAUAUAUGGUUUGGUGCAGUGUACUCUGGAUUUAACGGAGCUUGGCUGCAACACUUGUCUCCGGCAGAUGAUUAGCUGGAUCUCUACGUGUUGUAAUGGCCAUAUAGGAGCCCAUUUAUUUACUUUGAGUUGUAACGUGAGAUUUGAGACUUAUCCAUACUUCAACUUAUCGGCGCUGCCACCACCGCCUCCUCCACCACCAGCUGAAGCAGCUCCUCCUCCUCCAGCUAAUUCUAACAUCACGGAUAAUACGACAGGAAGUGAGGCAGGUAACGCAAAACGGAAAAAGAUAUCAGCUGGAACUAUUAUUGCUAUUGCUGUUUCAGUUGCUAUUGCAGUGUUGCUCUUAUCAAUUCUCAGUUGGUGUUGGCUGACUAAGAAGAAAGAGAAAUUGAUCAGUGGUACUGAUGAGAAUGAUAUUACAAAUGCGGAGUCAUUGCAAUUUAAUUUGAGUACAGUCAUAGCAGCUACAAAUAACUUCUCUGAUGACAACAAAAUUGGUCAAGGUGGAUUUGGUUGUGUUUACAAGGGUAAACUUUCUAAUGGACAAGAAAUUGCUGUGAAAAGGCUAUCUAGAAGCUCUGGACAAGGUGCAAAAGAAUUCAAGAAUGAGGUUGUAUUGGUUGCAAAGCUUGAACACAGGAAUCUUGUUAGGCUCUUGGGAUUUUGCUUAGAAGGAGAAGAGAAGAUACUUAUCUAUGAAUUCGUCCCCAACAAAAGCCUCGAUUACUUUCUAUUCGAUCCAGAUGAAGGUGCUCGUUUGGAUUGGCCAACACGUUAUAAGAUUAUAGGAGGCAUUGCUCGAGGGCUUCUUUAUCUUCAUGAAGAUUCUCGACUCAAGAUUAUUCAUCGCGAUCUUAAAGCUAGCAACAUCCUGUUAGAUGGUAAUAUGAACCCCAAAAUAUCUGAUUUUGGGAUGGCAAGAAUUUUUGGCGUGGAUCAAACUCAAGCCAAUACAAGCAGAGUAGUUGGAACAUUUGGUUAUAUGCCUCCGGAAUAUGUGAUCCAUGGACUGUUCUCCGUCAAGUCAGAUGUCUUUAGCUUUGGUGUUUUACUUUUAGAGAUUAUAACGGGAAAGAAGAAUAGCUCUUUCAAUCAAUCAGAGUUUUCAGAGGAUCUUCUAAGUUUUGCCUGGAGAAAUUGGAACGAAGGAAACGCUUUGGAUUUGCUGGACCCAAUUUUAAGUAAGUUCUAUUCAAGAGAAGAAGUGAGGAGAUGCAUUCAUAUUGGGUUAUUGUGUGUUCAGGAUGAUGUAGCUCAGAGACCCACCAUGGCAACAGUAGUUCUCAUGCUGAAUAGUUAUUCUGUCACUCUUGAACCGCCUCAGCAACCAGCAUUUUUGGGAUACAGCAGAAUGGAGACAAAUACUGAAGAACAGCCAACUGAAUCAGAUCGAUCUACAAGUAGAUCAAUACCAGGGUCUAUCAAUGAUGUGACGAAUACAGAAUUAGACCCAAGGUAGUUUUAUGCCACAGGAUCAGGGGUACACAAAGACGGCUUUUCUUAAUUUUCAGAUACAGUUGAAUUUGCGAAUGAUCGAAGUGUUAUUGAAGGAGAACAAUACGUUGAAAUAUGGAAAUUAUUUUGUGUUUAGUAGAAAUUAAGAAAGGAUAGCUUCAUAGCAGUAGAAAGAACAGGGACGAAAAAACAGCAUACAACUAUACAAGCUGUUUUCGGAUGACUUCUGCUGCUUUUAUGUUUUUAAAAGCCUCAAAAUAGAAGCUUUAGUUUUGGGCUUUUACUGUGUUCAGUAUUCCGUGAAAUGGAUUUGGCAGAAUAUGUUUUCAUAGCAA